AUGGCGGCGGCCGUGGACCCUUCCUUGAUGAACAACAGCAACAGCCACACAAGAGCAACUUCUGAUCGUCAACAACAGCAACAACUCAAUUCUACUUCUACUAUUGAAUCCACUGCAGCUCACCACUAUUUCGAAGAGACCGCUCUGGAUUGGUUCGAACGAUGCGAGUCGUUGCGGCGUCGUCGUUGUCAAGUCCCCGCCAAGCCACCGACCUGUAGCAGAAGUGCGGGCUGGGCAUUUUUCCGUGGUGCUACGGGCAAUCCCUUUGUCGAUGAAGCUUUGACGGGUGCCUUGCCCAUUAUGGAACUGCGAGGCGACCGUGGCACCGGCAAGACCCACACACUCGUGUCAUUGGCCGCCACUUUUGCCGUGGCCACGCGGCCGUCCCUGUUUUCUUCGACUCCUCACCAGGAGGAGCAACAACUUCUUCCUCGUGUCAUUCUACUCGAUUCCGGACUCGACAUGACAUCUGUGCGACUCGCCAGUGCCGUGGCGGCGCAAUUGAUGCUGCAACAAAAACCGGAUGAUGACGACAAUAAUAAUAUGGAGGAAGCAUCCAUUCACCAUCCACUCUUGGCCAUCGAACGGGACAUGGAAGAUUGUCUCGGGCGCAUUCACGUGGCCCACGUCAACAAUGAUAUGCGCGAAUGGGUGCCCAUUCUCGAAGCCUUGCGACAUGAACUAUUAUCCAACCAAAACAUUAAGAAAAACAACAACAAUGCGGAGGAGGCGCUUGUCGAAAUGGAGGAAGACCCACAAGGCUUACAAGAAGAAGAAAACAGCAGUGUUCCCAUACUGCUCCUCUGGGAUGACUUUCUCUCCGAACCAGGCAAAACCGAAGGACUCCAAAAAGAAAUCACACGACAAUUGACAUUGCUUCUCAAAGAGUGCACUACCGUGGGAUUCAUUUGUUCCACUUCUCCUCGUUUGGACUAUCACUUUCAAGUGAGAGAUUUACUACUAUUAUCAUCCGAGGAAACGAGUACGACUACUACAAGCGCUCCACGACAGCAUUCACCACUAGUACACAGGGGACCUACUCGGGUGGCACGGACCAUUCUAUUGGAACAGGACGAACGACCGGAUGCGUCCCAUAAAUUCAUGGCAUCCAUUGUGCAAGGAAAUCAAAGAAUUCCAUAUUCCUUGUCAUCGGCGGGGGUGUUGCCGUAG